AUGCAUCUUUACUGUAUCUUCAUCCUACUGUGCGUACUUUUUUGUGACUUGCAUAAAUGCAAGGCAAGCACCAGUAAUGAUUCGCAAUCAUAUUUCACCGAGGCCUCAGAAUCGGCAUUAUCUGAAGAUGGAAGGCUUAAUUUCACUGAAUUAGCGAUCAAAUAUGGCCAGUUCGUUGAACAAUACGAUGUGACAACUGAAGAUGGCUACAUCCUCACAAUCUUUCAUGUUGCUAAAGAUCUUAAUACUCCCAAUAAGCCCAUACUGCUCUUCCAUGGUAUAAUAGAUUCAUCAGACACAUUUUUAAUAAGAGGAAACAACUCAUGGGUUGUCAAUAUGGGUGAGGCUGGCUAUGGAGUUUGGGUUGGUAAUAACAGAGGAAAUUUAUACGGCCGAAGACACAUCACUUUAAAUCCUGACACAGAUCAGGAGUUCUGGGACUACAGCUUACACGAAAUCGGUUAUUACGAUCUCGCUGCUACUAUUGAUUUUGUGCGCGAAAAGGCCAAAUGUGACAGCAUUUUAACCGUCGGCCAUUCUCAGGGAACUUCUGCACAUUUUGUACUCACUUCAUUGAGACCAGAGUAUAAUGAUAAGAUAUCAUUGUUCAUCGCCUUAGCACCCGUAGCUUAUCUAAACUAUUUGGAGCCACCAGUAUCAAUUGCAGCAGGUGCGGGACCGAUUAUCACAAUGCUUUUAAGAUCACUAAACAUUAAUGAAUUACUAAGAAACCAUAGUGUAGCAACUGAUCUUGUUACUUCGUUAUGCACCAAUAGUGUACUCAGUUAUCUUCGAUGUGGUUUUGGAACGCUCUUCCCGUUUGCUGGGUUUGAUCCUGCAGGGCUUGAGGAAGAGUUUUUAACGGGAGUUGUCUUUGGACAUUAUCCAAGAACGACAUCAAGAAAGAGCUUGGAACAUUAUAAUCAGAUUGCGUUGAGGCGUCAGUUUGCUCAGUACGAUUACGGAUUUUUUAUGAAUCUGAUAAAUUAUGGGCGUAUAUAUCCGCCAGAGUAUGACCUGACAGCCGUGACUGCCAAGAUUGCUUUGUUCGUGGGUAGUGCUGAUGGAGUAUCUAAGGUAAAAGAUGUGGUACGCCUGGGGAACACACUUCCUAACGUGGUGCACUUUGAGGUGAUGGAACUGGAACGCUGGAAUCAUGUAGACUUCGUGUGGGGAAAAGACAUCAUGUCAGAAUACCUUUACCCUACCGUUUUAGAGCUCCUGAAAACUUAUGAGUAA